GAACACAGGACGAUGUCUGUUCCAUGCCAGCAAAGCCCGGCGGUGCUGGCAGGCAGCGUCACUUUGACUGUCCUGGGGGCCUGGAACCUGUACCUAGCAAAGCCUUCGAGCUACGGGAAGCACCUGGAGAGCCUGGCUACCAGUCUGCCAGCCCGCGCUGCCUGGUUUCUUCAGGAGCUGCCCUCCUUCGCGGUGUCCGCGGGCAUCCUGGCCCAACAGCCCCUCUCUCUCUUCGGACCUCCUAGCACUGUGCUCCUGGGUCUCUUCUGCGCACAUUACUUUCACAGGACAUUUAUUUACUCAUGGUUCAUGCGAGGGAGGCCUUUUCCAGCGUCUGCCCUUUUCAAAGCCUUUGUCUUCUGCACUGGGAAUGGCUUACUCCAAAGCUACUACUUGGUCUACUGUGCUGAGUACCCUGAUGCAUGGUACAUGGAUCUCAGGUUUAGCCUCGGUGUCUUCCUGUUCUUUUUGGGAAUGGGCAUCAACAUUCACAGUGACUAUAUAUUGCGCCAGCUCAGGAAGCCUGGAGAACUCACCUACAAGAUUCCACAAGGUGGCUUGUUUACGUACGUAUCUGGAGCCAACUUCCUGGGUGAGAUCAUUGAAUGGAUCGGCUUUGCCCUGGCCACUUGGUCCCUCCCAGCAUUAGCAUUUGCGUUUUUCUCGCUGUGUUUCCUUGGGCUGCGUGCUUUUCACCACCAUAGGUUCUACCUCAAAAUGUUCAAGGACUACCCCAAAUCUCGGAAAGCUCUUAUUCCAUUCAUCUUUUAAAGAACGUGAUUAUUAUCAUGACUAAUAAUAAUAAGGAGCAAAGCUCCUACAUGCCAAUGAAAACAAUGAAGCUGCUGAA